AUGGCCCAGCCGGCGCCGUCGUCGCCGUCACAGUCGCCACCGCCGUCGGCCUCCUCGGACGACGACCAUGACGAUGGCGGCCUUCCCAGCCUGCGCUGGUCGGAGGAGUCUGGUGCCGGGCCGUCGCUGGUUGCCUUACCCAGCAACUCGAACGAUCUCAACUUUGACGACGCAGAGAUGGUCUCACGUCCCAUGCGCGAGCUCCUCCAACAGCGGCAGAGCGAGGUGUGGGACGACGACUCGGCCGUGACCGUCUGCACCCGCCCAGGCUGCGGUCGAGUGUUUGGCACGCUCGAGCGCCGCCACCACUGCCGCGCUUGCGGCCGCAUCUUCUGCGGCGCAUGCACCGAGGAGCGCAUCGAGCUCCCGCGCGAGUUUAUCCAGUUCCCCAAGCCCUCGCGCGCUCAGCAAGCUUCCAUCACCUCGUGGAUCUGGCGCUACCUCUCGCCGCCCACAGACAAGGAGCGGGUGUGUCAGGACUGUGCCUUUCGGUACGGUGACCUGCAGAACCGCGACGUCCGCUGCAUCAUCGCCGUCUUUGAGUUUGUCAGGUUUGACCUCCGUGACCUCCAUGUUCUGGCGCAAGUGUGCAAGACCUGGUCGCGCGCCGCCACCAUCUGCAUCUCCGCCCUCCGCCAGCUCCAGUAUCGCCUCCCGUCUCAGAGCUUUUCAGCUCGCGAGGCGGCCAUGAUCUGGUGGAACCGUGCCUACUUUGUUGGCCACAACCGAUGGAUGGUCCAACUCAUGCGCGUGACGGACUGGUCGCGUCCUGACCACGUCGCAGAGCUCGUUGCGCUUGCCUGCCCACCGACGGUCCCGAGCUCCUCGCCCCGCGUUUUCCGCUGCUCCUCGGUCCUCUGCACCCGCUCCUGCCGCGAGAACUUCCAGCCCAUGGACGUCAUUCAGCUACUCCAGGUUGUGCCUCAUCCCGCCAUCCGUGCCGCCCUUGUCCCUUCUAUCCGCCUCGCCCGUGAGCCCGUCCUCAAGGCCCUUGUACCGUCGCUUGUCCGCCUCAUUGCCUCGGAUCCACUCGCCUCGUCGCCUGUCGGCGACCUUGUUCUUGACCUGGCUGCAGAGUCGCUCACCAUCGCGUCGGACGCCUUUUGGGCCCUCAAGGUCGCCGCCGCAGAAGCCGCAGACGACGAGCCCACCGCUUCCCGCUUCACCCGCGUCCUCCAUGCCCUCCUUGUCACCCUCGGCAGUGUCCACCCCGACUGGGCCGCCACCCUUCUCGACGCCGAGCGCUUUGAGAUCGCCUGCGCCGCCGCUGCCUCGGUCAAGCGCUACUCCUCCGCCCGCUCGCCGCUCCGCCUUCCUCUCCUCUCAGGCACCCGCCGUGCCUACGAUGCCCUCUACAAGGUCGGCGACGAUCUCCGCCGUGACCAGGCCAUGGUCAACGUCAUCGCCGUCAUGGACUCUAUCCUCCGCGAUGCUGGCUUUGUCUUUCCCGUUGUCAAGUACCGAGUCGUCCCCACCGGCCGCAACCGCGGCUACAUCGAGAUUGUGCCCAACGCUGAGACACUCGAGGACAUUGCCAACAAGCACAAGACUUCAGUUACCCACUACCUCCUCGCCCACAACAAGAACCGCAAGGGCCGCGACUACCUCCGCGACUUUGCCCUCUCCACUGCCGUCUACACCGUCAUGAUGUACCUCAUGGGUGUCGGUGAUCGCCACCGCGGUAACGUCAUGCUUACCCACUCGGCCGAGCUCUUCCACAUCGACUACGGCUUUAUCCUCGGCGAGGAGCCAUUCAAGCUCCUUCCGGCCUCCUGGAUGCGCCUCACCCCGGGCAUUCGCGACGCCAUGAUGGACGAAGAGCGCAAGCUCUUCUCAAAGACCUGCCUCGACGCCUACAACGUCCUCCGCCGCUUUGCGCCGCUCUUCAUGACCAUGCUUUCGCUCGGCACGGGCACCGACCUCUCAGCCUGCACAGAGGAGAUUGUCCUCCGAUUCCUCCCGGGUGUCUCGGACCGUGAGGCCGGGGCUCUCUUCCUCUCCCGCCUCCACAUCGGCCCAGGCACCAUCACAGAGACCCUCCAGUACUUUUUCGACGACACCAUGCACAACGACGAGCCCAACUACUUCCAGUCACUCGUCCAGAACAUCGCCGCCAUCCCCACGGGCGUCUUUUCCUUCUUCUCAUCAUCAUCAUCCUAG